GGCUAGUCUUGCAAUGCUUGCGCCAUGGCAGCAUCACUUUGCUGGAAAGGCACUUGGCUGCCGGAUGGAGUUCAUCAAGCAGUUCUCGGUGCGAUUUCAUCCCCCUGGAAAGGGUUCUUCAGCUGAAAAGGUGGCUGCCUUCAAAAACUAUUUGCAUCGAACUGUGGAGAAGGACAAGGAGACGAUUGAAAUGUCUCCUUGGGGAGCUGAAGCGGUUGGACAUGCCUUGAAGGCCUUGGCAACGGCUCCAAAGUCUGUCUCCUUCGAGGUGGAAAGAGUCUCCAAAGAAGAGUCAGCAAAUGUCCACUUUAAGUCCCUUGGUGUCGCGCCAUGGGAGGAAUAUCUCGAGAGCAGACUCAUGAACACGAGGCUUCUGGCAGUGACGAACGAGAGUCAGGUGCUAAAGCUGGCGCGAGAUGUGACCAACGCGUUGCAGAAUGCUCCAGACAAUGCAAAAGCUGUUCGUGCCUUUGCCCUGUGGGAUGAUGAAGCAGCAAUUGAUGUGCUUGUUGCGGGACUGGCGGCAGUGCCAUCCCUGUAUCCCUUCAAGAAGCUCUCGUGUGUAGCGAAUGUGAUUCAUCCCGUGGAUGAUCCUCGUGGCAGGCUUUUUGUGUAUGCCACCUUCGGCGCUGCUGCUGCACCGCAACCGCUCACAGAAAAAGUAUUUCAAGCUUAUCCUCCUGGUGCUGACCCGGACCCUGCAAAGCUGAAGAAGUUCAUAGCUGCAGUGGAGGACCGGAUUCAUCAGGGGGACCGCGUCCACAUGGACGGCAACGGCCCAGAUAGAAUCAUGAAUGUGGUGCGUGCUCUAUGUUACAUCAAGGGCUUUACUGCUGAAUUUCGAGUGGAAUGGUGGAAAAAUACCACAGGAAACAAGCAAGGAAAAGUCCUUCGUUUCAAGGCAAGACGUGGGCAGUCGUGGGAUGAGUUCAAUGCAAUUGACUUUACUGAAACAAGUUUGCUAAAAGCAACUUCAAAAACUCCAGUUGAUAAAUUGAGCUACGCAGCCCUUGCAGAGGUUAAGCGCCACCAGGCGGUUGCCGUCCAUUGCUUUUCGGAUGACAAGGAAGCUGUGGCAGUAGCGAUCAAGGCUCUGGCAGCAGUGCCCCGGGUGACCGAUGGCUCGAAGCUCUAUUGCGUGCCAAGCUUUGGCCGCGCUGGACCUGAUCGCAAGCCAGUCCUGCGGCUGUAUCUGCGGCGUUAUGGCCAGGAAGCGAGCGAGAGCAAAGCGGAGAGUCUGUAGCGGAAACAAAGAAGCCUUUUCUGGUCAGACAGGGCCGCGAACACAUCCGAGCAAAC